CAUAGCUUUAACAAAACAUAUACGUUACGUGGCUAGCAGGCCAUACUUAGAUAAACAUAUAUACUGUACAUAUGUGUGUAUAUUUGUUUAUAUAAAAUCUUAUAUAGCGGUUUCUUGACCGAUGAAUUUAGCGCGAGACAAUCCAGGUCUUGUGUUUUGUAUCUUUUUCGUAGCGUCCUGUUUCACAAAUAAGUAUGUGUUGUCUGUCUUGAGGUUCACGUAUCCCACGCUUUUUCAAGGGUGGCAGUCGUUCUCAGGAGCUGUCCUACUCUGGGUGACUGGAAGGCUUGGAUGGGUGGAGAUUAAUGGUUUUCCCAGGUCAGCAGCAGUGUCAUGGCUUCCCGCAACAGUCCUUUUCUUGGGAAACAUUUAUGGUGGAUCCAAAGCUUUGUCUAUCCUGCCUAUCCCAUUCUUUUUCGUCUUACAAAGUGUGUCGGAAGUGGUCUUCUUCCUCAUCAUUAGAUUCAUUCAAAGAGAGAUUUCAUCAUGGAUAAAGACAUUCAGUAAAAGUUUGAUGCUGAUGUCAGCUAUUACCCUUGUACUGCAAAAUCCUCAGUUUGGGCCAGAUGGCUAUAUUUGGGCUGUCAUUCACUUUUGCUGUGUUGGGUCAUACAGAGUCUUUCAGAAAAAAUCAAGCCAUUUAAGUGAUCUUGACCAACAGUUAAUCAACUACAUGGUCAGCAUAUUGCUGUUGGCUUUUGCAGCACAUCCAACCGGUGAUCUUUUUGGUGUCUUAGAAUUUCCCUAUCUUAUGUCCUAUAAGUUUCAUAGUGGAUGCAUUGCCAGUGCUAUACUUGGGUUUUCUGUGGUGUUGUUAUCGGUCAAGAUAAGGAGUGCGCUGUCAUUGGUGCAGUGUGCAGUUUGGGUCCUCCUGGCCAAGAUACUGGCCUCAAGUCUCUCCAUUUUUGUAUUCAGCACAGAACUCAGACCUUUAACAUCAUGUUGCAUCCUUAUGAACUUUGUUGGUGAGGCACUAUCAAUAUACUGUAACAAAGUUCAGGAGAGAUAAGAUGAAAAAGGAAUCCAUGGGUACACACAGGAAAUGUCAUUAAGUCAACCUAUUGAGGUUUCACCCUGCUUCAUCUUCAGUUCAUUACUGCUUAUUUUUAUAUACAAUAAACUCGUUACUUUCAACAUGUUCAGGCUUCUCCUAUACAGUCUUUAUUUUAAGCUGUGCUAAAUAAUACAACUUAUGCUUAGCAAUUAGUGUCUGCUGCAGGCACUGUCAAUUAUGCCCUCUAGAUGGUGCCCAGCUGAUCGAUGGCAACGCCAAGUUUUGAACCGAGGAGUUCAGAAUCUCGGCGCUGGUGUGCUAGCGGAAUAUCCCGCUGCGCCACCUAAACGCUGGUAUGUAUUUUUUAAUUUGAUGUAAAUUGAUUGGGCUAUUGCCACCCAUUUCUUUGUAUACAAAG